CGCAGACAAACCCCCUCCUUUCUCGUACGUGACACCCUCACUCUCUCAUUUUUGUUUCUCCUUCCCCCUUCCUCCCCACAGAACGAAACAAAAAACAAAUCGCCAAAAUCUGAAUCUUUCCCUCUCUCUCUCCGCCUUCAAAUCCCGACGCGGUCAGAGAGGGGGGAGAGAGAGAAAUAGGGAUUGGAGGCGUUGCCGUUGUUGUACGGGUACGCCUCCUGUUACUGCUAUUAACGCCGCCGCCGCCGCGGUUUGUAUCCCCCUUCCGCAUGGGCAUCUUGCAGCAUUCGUAGCCCACAGCCCCGUUUCUCGCCUGGAUCGGAGAAGUGCGAUCCGCAUCCGCGUCUAGGGGGUGCAGCGGCGUCGGCGAUGGAGAGGGCGAGGGAGAACCGGAGGCCGGUGGUGGGGAAGCCCGUGCCCAGCGUCCGAGAUAUGGGGAACCGGAGACCGCUCAGGGACAUCAACAACCACGUGGGGGCUCAGCCGUACCCCUGCGCAAUCGCCAAGAAACCGAUGCUAGAGAAGAAGAGGGAUGAGCAGAAGCCGGCACCGGUGAGCCGCCGCCCUGUGACGAGGAAAUUCGCGGCCUCCUUGAAUCCCGGAGGUGAGCCAGUAGCACCAGGAGUUGAUCCCCAUAAUGAGCCCAUUCCCGAUGGCACUACUGACGACGACAUUGAGUCGGUUGACGAUAAUGAUGAAAUGGAUGAGGAAGAGCAGAACGAGAAUGUGGAUGAAUCUCUCAUGGAUAUCGACAGUGCCGACUUGGGGAAUCCGCUUGCUGCAACUGAGUAUGUCGAAGAGAUAUACAAGUUCUACAGAGAAAAUGAGGAGACAAGUUGUGUGCACCCUGAUUACAUGUCCAGUCAAGAAGACAUAAAUGAAAAGAUGAGAGCUAUUCUGGUAGAUUGGCUCAUUGAGGUUCAUUACAAGUUUGAGUUGAUGGAUGAGACACUCUUUCUUACGGUCAACAUAAUCGACAGAUUCUUAGAAAAAAAGGUAGUGCCAAGGAAGAAGCUGCAGCUAGUUGGAGUGACAGCUAUGCUUCUUGCAUGUAAAUAUGAGGAAGUCUCAGUUCCAGUUGUUGAAGAUCUGGUGCUAAUUUCUGACCGGGCUUAUACGAGAGGACAGAUUCUGGAAAUGGAAAAGUUGAUUCUAAACACUCUGCAGUUCAACAUGUCCGUACCAACACCAUAUGUUUUUAUGAGAAGAUUUCUGAAGGCAGCAGAUUCUGACAAGCAGCUAGAGCUAGUUUCCUUUUUCAUGCUUGAGCUAUGCCUGGUUGAAUACCAAAUGCUCAAGUACCGCCCUUCGCUGCUUGCUGCCGCUGCGGUUUACACUGCACAAUGUGCUAUCAAUCAUUGCCGGCACUGGACAAAGAUCUGUGAGUUACAUAGCAGAUACUCCAGAGAUCAGCUCAUUGAGUGCUCCAACAUGAUGGUACAAUUCCACCAAAAGGCCGGAGGAGGCAAGCUUACAGGCGUGCACCGGAAAUACAGUACACUCAAGUUCGGGUGUGCAGCAAAAGUGGAGCCUGCGGUGUUCUUACUACUGUAGUCAGGUGAGGCAAUGAAUAUUCGGCUGCGAUCUUGUUGAAUCUAUUCCUCUGGAUAGAUUUUAGCUUUGCUCUCAAAACAAGGAAAAUGUGUCGAUGUUGCACAGAAGUGCAUCAGAUUUCCUUACAGCACACUUGUGACGUUGCAAUAAUCUUAGUAUGUAUAUGUUAUGUCAUGAACGACAAUCUGAGUAGUCAGUCCAUCCGAUUAUGCCGCGGCUAAUAAUGGUUUAGCCUUCGUUUUAGUGUUGUGGAACCUUGUAAAGAACAUGUGUUUGCAUGAAAUGAAGCAAUAACCUCUCUUUUCUUCUGCGAGA